UCGCCUCCCGUCUCAGUCGGGCUAUUUAAGAUGCUGUUCAGCUCAAUUACGGGCUCCUGCCUGAUGGCAUUGGCCUCAGUCUCUGUAGCAGAGAAGAUUCCCGACAACCACAUCCUCUGGGGGGCAAAAGGCCGUCCGACCACGCUGCAAGCACGUCAAGCAGCAACAUCCACCAAUGCAGCUGCUUCUACCACUUCUAAAGUCGCUGAUGCAGCCUGUACAAAUGGUCCCUUCACAAGAACGUGUUGGUCGAAUGGCUUUAGUGCUGCCACUGACUUUGAUGCUAAAUGGCCCACCACGGGCAAAACCGUCUCGUACAACUUUGAAUUGACAAACGGCACAUGCAAUCCUGAUGGCUCGGCCGGUGGCGGUAGACCUUGCCAAAUGUUCAACAACCAAUUUCCUGGACCUACAAUCACUGCUAACUGGGGUGACACAAUCUCGGUGACUCUGACCAACAAACUCGAAACCAAUGGAACAGGUAUUCACUGGCAUGGUAUCAGACAAUUGAAGACGGUCUCUCAAGACGGCGUGCCCGGAAUUACUGAGUGUCCACUUGCGCCGGGCAAGUCGAAAACUUAUACUUUCCUCGCCACUCAAUUCGGUACAACAUGGUACCACAGCCACUUUUCUGCGCAAUACGGAGACGGCGCAACAGGAAGUAUAGUUAUUAAUGGCCCGGCUUCCUCGAACUAUGACAUUGAUCUGGGCGCAUUCCCCCUCACCGAUUGGUAUUAUGGCACUUCCUGGGCGGUUGGUGUUCAAUCGCACAACAACCUUCAACGUGGUGCGGCUCCACCACCAGCAGACACCAUUCUUAUCAACGGAACAAACGUCAGUGGGGGAGGUGGCAAAUACAGCAAGACUUCCAACCUCAUUCCUGGCAAGAAAUACAGGCUACGCCUCAUCAACACAUCGGUGGACAAUACGCUUCGUGUCUCAUUGGACGGACAUCCAUUGACCGUUAUUACAUCUGACCUGGUUCCCAUCAAGCCAUGGACUACGAAUUGGAUCCUGAUCGCUAUCGGCCAAAGAUAUGAUGUCGUCUUCACCGCGACCAAAGAGAACGCGGGCAAGAACUUUUGGCUUCGCGUCAACUAUGCCUCACAGUGCCCUUCGUCGGGGAAUGUCAGCCCUAAAGCUCAAGGAAUAUUCUCAUAUCAAAAUGCGGCCGAUGCCAACCCGGAUUCCACCCAAUAUGUGGAGCCUACCGACUGCGUUGAGCCUAUCGCAAACCUUGUUCCAUGGGUGAAGAACACUGUAGACAGCACUGCUUUCGUCAAUCAGGUCGGCAGCCUCGACGUUGACAUUUCCUCUCCUGGUGUGAAUACGAAUGGUCAGAACAUUGUCGUUUGGGGUGUCAACCUCUCUGCUAUCAAUGUCGAAUGGGAAAAGCCUACGCUACAAUACGUCAAGGACAAGAAUACCAACUAUCCCAGUACCUUCAAUCUAAUCGAGAUCCCCAAAGAGAAUACCUGGAGUUAUUGGAUCGUUCAAGAGCCAUUGAACACCAGAGUCCCAAUCCCUCACCCCAUUCAUUUGCACGGCCACGAUUUCUACGUCCUCGGCAACGGCGCCGGUGUCUUUAACAAAUCCACAUCCCCGUCAACCCUCAAAUACGACAACCCAGCUCGCCGCGACACCGCAUUCCUGCCCGGAGGCGGUUGGCUCGCCAUCGCAUUCCCUGCGGAUAACCCAGGAGCCUGGCUCAUGCAUUGCCACAUCGCCUGGCACGUCGCCGACGGUCUCGCAGUCCAAUUCCUCGAAGCGAAAGACCAGAUCCCGCUUGGUGACGCUGCGUGGGAUCAAACUUGUAGCGAAUGGAAUACUUUUCAGGCUACCAUGCCAUUCCCGAAGUCUGAUUCUGGGCUCAAGUUGCUUAAAGGAAGAGCAGAGUGGGCUUAG